AGCUAGGCCCCUGCGGACCUCGCCCGACUGGGCUGGGCCGGCGCCAGACAGAGACCCAGCUCCCUCCGAACAUGAGAAAAUGGUCGGGCAGAGGAGGAGUAAGCUCAAAGAAGCGGCUUCAGAGCCGACGCCCUCCUCCCGCUCCAUGCCGUCCAGGCGGCGGCGCCGGGCCACCGGAGCCGGGGAGCCGGAGAUGGAGGAGCCGCAGGCGGAGGUGGAAAAUUCGCAGCCUCCUUUGCCCGUAGGCGGGGGGAACCUGCCGGGGGGCGCCCGGAACUACUCGCCGAGGAGGACCCGAAAUCUGAACGCGCAGAACUACACGCAAAUGGAGGUGAUCGCGAAGACCCUUCUUCUCGGCCGCUUCCAGUUCCUCACCUGUUUGCUGGAGCAGCUCCGCGACAAGGUGCAGCAGCUGAGGAGACGUCAGGUCAACAGCAGGACCUCUUUGGGCAUAGCUGCAUUUGUGGGAGUUUUGCACUGGAUACAUUUAGUAACACUUUUUGAAAAUGAUCGUCAUUUUUCCCACCUAUCAUCUUUAGAACGGGAGAUGACUUUUCGAACUGAAAUGGGACUUUAUUAUUCCUACUUCAAGACCAUUAUUGAAGCACCUUCAUUUUUGGAAGGACUGUGGAUGAUAAUGAACGACAGGCUCACUGAAUAUCCCCUUGUAAUUAAUACAGUGAAACGCUUCCACCUUUAUCCAGAGGUGAUUAUAGCCUUCUGGUAUCGCACAUUUGUGGGAAUAAUGAAUUUAUUUGGGCUAGAAGCUAAGACCUGCUGGAAUGUCACCAGAGUAGAACCUUUAAAUGAAGUUCAAAGUUGUGAAGGAUUGGGAGACCCUGCUUGCUUUUAUGUUGCUGUGAUUUUUAUUUUAAAUGGAGUAAUGAUGGGAUUGUUCUUCAUAUAUGGUGCAUACCUGAGUGGGACUCAACUUGGAGGUCUAAUUACAGUAUUAUGCUACUUUUUCAACCAUGGAGAGGCUACUCGUGUAAUGUGGACACCACCUCUCCGAGAAAGUUUUUCAUAUCCAUUUCUUGUACUUCAGAUGUGCAUUUUAACUUUGAUUCUCAGGACCGCGAUCAGUAAUAGAAGGCAUUUUAUUGCACUCUGUCUUUCCAAUGUUGCUUUUAUGCUUCCCUGGCAGUUUGCUCAGUUUAUACUUUUUACACAGAUAGCUUCAUUAUUUCCCAUGUAUGUUGUGGGGUACAUUGAGCCAAACAAAUUUCAGAAGAUCAUUUAUAUGAACAUGGUUUCAGUUCUCCUUUGUUUUGUGUUGAUGUUUGGAAAUCCAAUGUAUUUAUCUUCUUAUUAUUCUUCAUCUUUGUUAAUGACUUUGGUGAUAAUUCUAAAGAGAAAUAAAAUUCAAAGAUUGGGAGUAUCUGAACUCAACUUUUGGCUGAUUCAAGGCUGUGCUUGGUUGUGUGGAACAAUUAUUUUGAAAUUUCUGACAUCUAAAAUCUUAGGUGUUUCAGAUCACAUUCGCCUGAGUGACCUUAUAGCAGCCAGAAUCCUAAGGUAUACAGAUUUUGAUACCUUAAUUUACACCUGUGCUCCUGAAUUUGACUUCAUGGAAAAAGCGCUGAUUUUUCACACAUUGCAACUGUUAGCAUUCACUGUCCUUGCCGUUUUAAUCAUGAGGCUGAAGUUGUUUUUAACACCUCACAUGUGUGUUAUGGCUUCCUUGAUAUGCUCUCGAAGGCUCUUUGGAUGGAUUUUUUGCAGAGUUCGCUUUGAGAAUGUUAUCUUUGGCAUUCUAACAGUGAUGUCAAUACAAGGUUGUGCAAACCUCCAUAAUCAAUGGAGCAUAAUAGGAGAAUUUAAUAAUUUGCCUCAGGAAGAACUGAUACAAUGGAUCAAAUAUAAUACCAGACCAGAUGCUGUGUUUGCAGGUGCCAUGCCUACGAUGGCCAGUGUCAAGCUGUCUACCCUUCACCCCAUUGUGAAUCACCCACAUUACGAGGAUGCAGACUUGAGGGCCCGCACAAAAAUAGUUUAUUCCACAUAUAGUCGAAAAUCUGCAAAAGAAGUGAGAGAGAAAUUGUUGGAGUUACAUGUGAAUUAUUACAUUUUAGAAGAGGCAUGGUGUGUUGUGAGAACUAAGCCUGGUUGCAGUAUGCUGGAAAUUUGGGAUGUGGAAGACCCUUCCAAUACAGCUAAUCCUCCCUUAUGUAGCAUCUUGCUCAAGGACGGGAGGCCUUACUUCACCACAGUAUUUCAAAAUAGUAUGUACAGAGUACUAAAGGUUAACUGAAAACAAGACAACCCAUCACACUGUGUGUAGAAAGCAAUCACUUUGCCUUAUUUAUGUUAAUAAAAAUCACAAGCUUUAAUAAGGGACCCUUAAAAAGAAGAUAAUAAAAAUGAUUUCAAGUUAUUCUCAUUAUUAAAAGGUAAAUUAUUUCAUUGUUUUCCAUUGAAUGUCAGCCUUAUUAAGCUUGUUCUUUAAAUGAUUAAAUCAUUUCAUACUGCAUAAACCAAAUGUCCAUCUUAAAAGUUCUAAAGAAAAAAUAUAUGUAAAAGAACAAUGAAAUUCAAUAAAUGAAAGGUAUUAUGUAAGUCCUUUUGUAUUCAACUAGGUGCUUCAGAUUUUCUCUAGUACCAGCAUGUAUCAGCUCAGACUCUUUAAACCACUUAGAAAAGACUAAUGCAGUUUCUGAAAUGACACUUCCUUAAAAUCCUGAUGCUAAUCACAACUUCUAUACCUCUGUGAGGAAAUUUGUGUGUAACCAUGUGGCUAUUAAGGUUGUUUUUGCUUUUAUUAGCCCUCGGGAAAGAUCUUCAAUAGCUUUUAAUAUUUUUUUUAUCAUUUCAAGUUAAAUAUUUUCAAAAACAACUUAUUUUGUAAUGUUUUGAAUCUCUUGAAACUUGUUUACUCAACCAGAUAAGUAUUUUUUAUUGAUUAAUUCCCAACCAAAGUUCAACAGGUUAUUAACCUGUCUUUGUAAUCCAGUGGAUUUUCUUUUAACAUCCAGGUAAAAUAAAAAUUGCUAUGGUACAUGGCCAAAUUUGGGAGUUAAAACAUAAUCAGCAAAGAAAAUCCAGCUAAAUUUAUCAUAUGAGAUUUUUAGAUCCUAGAUCCUGAAUGAAGCAAAGGCAUUUUUCAUCUUGACAGCCCUAUAGCUCAUUGGACAUAGUCUUUCUUUCUGAUUACCAUCUUUCUGAUCAUCAUCUUUCAUAAUAACAUAUUUCUGAAUCCUCAUUUAUCUUUGGUUUUGGAUGAGGAAAUUGAUGUUUUAUAAAUCUCCUCCUCCAAUAUAAAACCUAUGCAACAAUAAUGCUUUGAAAGUGGGAAAUAGUUAUCUUGAAUAUGUUGCCAGAUGCAAAGAUAAACACUUUCUCUGCUUGAGAGACAGUGACUAUGCUACAUCUGAGUAUUUUAAUAUCUGUCUACUUUAAAUUAAUCAUCUUGGAGUUUUUGUAAUUCCCUUAUGUUCUUGACCCUCCACAUUUGGGAAAACAAAAUGACUUAAUUCUAUAGGUUAGUUCAUGUAUAGUAGGUAGGAGAUUAUAUUCAAGAAAACCAAUAAAAUUAUUUUUCAACUUUUAUAAUUGUAAAAUAUUUUAAUACAGGAUACAAAACUUCUAAGAAAGCAUGCCCCAUUUUAUCAGUAUUUUCAAAUAAUUUGUUUGGGCCUAGGUAUGGGGCAAAGAAGGAAAGGAGACUUAACAUCUAACAUUCAUAUAAACUAAAACAUUCUGGAUGAUGUUUUCAUAGGAAAUAUUUUAAAGAAGUUGGUAGAAUUUUUUUUAAAAGAAGAGCUGUAUUAGCUAAUAAAGUAUUUUAUAAAAGUGUACUUAUGUGGAUUUAUAUAUAGGAAAACCAAUAAAAUUAUUUUCAACUUUUAUAGUUGUAAAAUAUUUUAACAGGAUGCAAAGCAGCUAAGAAAGUAUGCCAUGUUUUACUUAUUUUAACAUUUUCAAAUAAUUUGUUUUGGUAUGUGGGGCAAAGAAGGAAAAAAGAUAUAUAAAACGCAACAUUCAUAAAAUUAACACAUUUUUGAUGGUGUUGUCAUAAAAAAUAGUUUUUGAAGAAGUUGGUAGAAUUCAACAACAAAAAGGGAAGAAUAGUAUUAACUAGUUAAGUAUUCCAUACAGAUAAAAUGUAUUAAUAUGGAUUGUGUUACUUUCAUGUACUAUGUAUAUUUGAAAAUUAAA